AUGGCUUCGGACGGUUCGAUCCCGGCUGGUUGGUCGCCGUCCGAGCUUCGAGAGUUCCUAGAGCUUGAUGCGGAGGAUCCUGGACCUGAAGGACAUGAGUCCGAUUCUCCUACAGCUUUUGUUGAGCCCGCUUGGCGUUGCCUUAGGUGUCAUUCAGCACGUUGGUCGGAAGUUGGGCACGACUCGUAUCGUUGUGGUGCUUGCAUGGGUACAGAGUUUUACAAUGCAACCCAGCCAGUCAGGCAUCAGACAGAUGACGGUGUUUGGAUGUUCGUUCCCCGAGCCAACAGUGCGCCUGUCGAGGAUUCGCUCCCAGUUGAUGAUUUCCGGAGGAGGUCAGAGGUUCGGUCCCCUGUUGAGGACCCAAGUCCACCAGGCCCCGACUCUGCACGGGAAUCACCUGAGAGUGAGCUGCCGACGGAUGAUCCAUCCGUGGGCAUGACGGAGUAUGAGUGGCCCCCCGACCCCGGCUCCGAGCUGUCCACGAGUUCACGACGCCGAAGGAGAAGAAACCGCACCACUGCGCAAGAUUCGAAUGCAGAGCAGGUCGGACAGCCCUCACCUUCGAGAUUGCCUAUGCCCUCGACAUUGCCGAUCCCUUCACGUGCUGGCAAGGGUGAUGGUAAGAGUUCCGAGGAGUCAGAACUGCUGAAGGUGCUUCGCCAGUUGUUGGACGAUCGACGCAGUGACAAAGCGUCGCAAGGCAGCUGGGAUAGCAGACGCGGUCCGGCCCCUGGCAUGAAGUGGAAAGGUGGGACACCUCCGAACCCACCUCGUUGGAACUAUGCUGCAUCAGACAUUCGAGCAUUUUCCAAAUGGGAACGCCGUGUUCGUGUCUGGCAGUUGCAGGUUCAGAACCAGCUUUCAGGUGCAGAAGCUGGACUCAUGCUUUUUGCUAGCUUCACCGGGGAGGCUGAAGCGGAGAGCGAACACAUGGUGCUCUCCAAGGUCAACUGUCGCGACGGAGUUGACUAUGUGAUCAGCUGCCUGAAAGGGCCCCUCGAACAGAAGAUUUUGUACCAGAAGCGCUCAUUGCUGGCCACCUACGAGACAGUUGCACGGUUGCCCAAUGAGUCGAUCCGCCAAUACAUCAACAGGUACAAACGCAUUGAGAGGGAUCUUCAGUCGGUUGGCAUUUCAGCAGGAGCAAUGUACGAUGCCGAAUCAAGAGGCAACAGGAUCUUGGAGCGUUGCAAGUUGGAGCCAUCCCUUGCUAGGCUUGUCUAUCAGACUGAGACCCUUGAGGAGGGCAAUGAAGAGGAUGAGCCGGAUCAGUCACCUGAGGGUGAUGAGGAGUACUUCGAACCUGAGACCUCCGAUGAACAGGCUGCAGACCCCUCACCGUCCGCAGAGACGGAACCGGCUGACGAAGAUGAUUUGGGUAGCUCACUCAGCGAGCUAGCAACGGUCCUUACAGUGACCUCCAACAAGUUGCGCGCAGCUACGUUGGGCAGGAAGUUCACAGGACGCAAGCAAGUCCAUUGA